UUUCAGCGCCCGUGAACGCACACGGGUCUUUAACUGGCGGAGCUAUACACAGCAAGUUCACUUGCUUGCAGCUGGGGUUGAAAUACAGCCCCGCGUCUACAUUAUGUUGGGCGAUUGGUUCACAUUAUUUGGAUACUGAAAACUACUCGAUCAUCGACAGUGGACGUUUUGUUCCUUUACUUGCGGUUGGAACUUAAGCAAAUGACAUAGGUUACGGUGUGAUUAUUUGAGGAAGUCUACGAUUUUAUCCUACUUCUGAGAUUAUCGUUACCCUUGUCUAAUGAGUCUGGAGUCAGUGUCGGCGUUCCGGCCCGCUGCCAGGACCCUGGGCAUGGAAAAGCGAGGAGCCAAGAUGGCACUGGGUUUCCAAAGGAGCUCCACCUCAGAUGACGACUCUGGUUGUGCCCUGGAAGAAUACACCUGGGUCCCUCCAGGAGUGAGACCCGACCAGGUCCAGCUCUACUUCUCCUGUUUGCCAGAGGAGAAGGUGCCAUAUGUCAAUAGCCCUGGAGAGAAACAUCGCAUCAGACAACUUCUGUAUCAGCUUCCACCUCAUGACAACGAGAUCCGAUACUGCCAGUCAUUGAGCGAGGAGGAGAGGAGAGAGCUCCAUAUGUUCAGCGCACAGAGGAAGAAAGAGGCAUUGGGCAGGGGGACUCCACGACUCCUGCACAGGGCCCUGCAGUUCACAGCCUGUGAGCAUUGUAAGGAAACCAUCAGUGGGGGAGAGAUGGCAGUCUUCGCCUCGAGGGCUGGCCAGGGGCCUUGCUGGCAUCCAGCUUGUUUCAGUUGCUCCACCUGCCACGAGCUUCUGGUUGACCUCAUCUACUUCUACCACAGUGGUAGGAUAUACUGCGGAAGACAUCAUGCUGAGCUCCUGAAGCCAAGAUGUUCUGCUUGUGAUGAAAUCAUCUUUGCAGAUGAGUGCACAGAGGCCGAAGGUCGUCACUGGCACAUGAAUCACUUUUCCUGUUUCGAGUGUGAGACAGUUUUGGGGGGGCAGAGGUAUAUUAUGAAGGAUGGUCGUCCCUUCUGCUGUGGCUGCUUUGAGUCUCUAUAUGCAGAAUACUGUGAAGCCUGUGGGGAAAACAUUGGAGUGGAUCAUGCUCAGAUGACGUAUGAAGGUGUGCACUGGCAUGCCACUGAUAAGUGCUUCUGCUGUACCCAUUGCAAUAUGUCUCUCCUUGGAUGCCCCUUCCUUCCGAAGGAUGGGCGGAUCUACUGCUCCAAGGCAUGCAGCCUUGGUGAGGAUGUUCACGCUUCUGACUCAUCUGACUCAGCCUUCCAGUCGGCUAGGUCACGAGAGUCCCGGCGCAGUGUGCGGAUGGGCAAGAGCAGCCGGCCUGCAGUGCAUUGCAACCAGGUGCCACACUAUCCAGCAGUGGCAACCGACUGCCCACACCCGAGCCUUCACAUAGACACCACAGAGACGGUGUGUCAUGAGCUGGAACGCCUCAACUUUGCAGAGGAGCACUUCUUAAGGGACAGGGAGGUGCAGGAAGAUCCUUUGGAAGGGUGGGCUGAGCAUGAGGACUACAUGACGCAGCUGCUCUUGAAAUUUGGCGAGCAUGGAGUUUUCCAGCAGAUGGAAGAUGCCAGGCAGGGAGAGCAGUGGACGCUGACAGAUUCGGAUGCCUGCAGGGCCAGACAAGGCGUGAAGAUGGGUGCCCAUGAUCUGGCCAUUAAAAAACAUCACACAGAUGUAUCCUGGACCCAGUCUCAGGAUGGUCUUGGAGACUCUGCCUACGGUAGUCAUCCAGGGCCAGCCAGUGCCAGGAAGAUCCAGGAACUAGAGCUAGACCAAGGAGCAGGGGCUGGCUUUUGGUCUGAGCCUAGGCAGUGGUGCAACAACUCUUUAGAAUGUAUCACAGAUGAGCUAAGAAAUUCAGAGAAGAACGUAGGGGAUUCCAUGGACUCCCUCGCUCUCUCAAACAUCACUGGAGCCUCGGUUGACAGAGAUAGCAAAGAUAGACAGAUCCCAUACUCAUUUCAAAGCAUCACUCAGCAGGAGCCAGAUGAAUGUGAUAAAAUGAGCAACAUGGGUACAUUAAACUCCUCCAUGCUACACAGGAGUACCAACUCCUUAAAGAGUCUGAACUCACUGCUGGACAAUGAGGAGGUGCUAGGAGAAGACGAGAUGCAAGAGGACAAGGGGCUUUCAGUGUCCCUUUCAGGGGAGCUGCCUUCCCCUCUCCACCUCCCUGUCCUGAGACGGACCAAGUCCCAGUCUCAGUCCCGAACGCAACAGGUAAAAUUUUCUGAAGAUGUCAUGGAUAAUGGAUAUCAUGUGGAAACAACAUCACGGCUGCCUCCAGUGAAUGCAAAGGCACACAGGCGGACACAUAACAUGGAGGAAUCACCCAGACGAAUCAGCCAUCACAGACUGCAUCAUAGACGCCGACACGGCCAGAAAACGUGCCCAGAAAACGGCCUCCACCUGCCAGCCAAAGAGCACACAGAAAUGCUCUGUGAGACUCAUGUAGUUCCCGAUAUAUCCAAAUACAAGAAAGGAAUUCUCCUGAACCAUUCUGGACACAGACAGCACCUUUACCACCAAACCACAUCGGACUGUGCACUGCAGAGCAUGGCCUGCCCGGAACACUUUCAAGACUUAUAUGGUGAUGAUGAAGACGACUGGUGUUCCACGUGCUCCUCCUCAUCCUCCGAGUCUGAGGAAGAGGGAUUUUUCCUGGGCAAACCUAUUCCCAAGCCCAGGUCCCAAAGUUUUCAUUAUUACACUGAAGAUUCCCAGACGCGCGUAACUGCUUUAUCGCCUGUGCAUGGCUCACGGACCAAAUCUAAAAAAAGAGGCCACAAGAACAAGAACUGUAUUAUUUCAUAGAUGUUCCAAAAUAUUCACAUACUUGAGUCUUUAUAACUCUGCGAAGGGACAGGCCAUGAAGACCACAACAUACAAAUGUACACAUCUGUCCCUUCAAAGUAAUUAGGUGCCACUACAAAGACAUUAUUUCAAGUUUGUUUUUUUUCUUUUUUAGUUUUCCAACCUCCCACAAAAUUGGGUUGGCACUGUUGAACUUUGAAUGAACCAAUGUAUAGUAAAAGCAGUUAGUUGCAUAGAAACUAACUAAAACUAUUUAAUAGAGCAAACAUUAAUGUAUAUUUGUUAAAUUAAAAUUGGAUUGCUAAUAUUUUUUUAUAUCCCAAAAUGAUAUCAAUAGACAAUGAAAAUGAUAUCAAUAGACAAUGAAGAGUAUAUUUCACUUUUGCCAUUUUGCUAACCAGGGCUUUGUAAAUUGAAAACGGUGAUGUGUUGUUCAUGUGUAUACAGGCCAGCAAUACAGCACAGUACUUUGUCCAUUUAAGCAACUAUAGUCUCUAUACUAUAGCUUUGUCCAUAUGCUUAUCCCCUUCAAAUAAAUGGGGGAAGGCACUUAUCCUGUUGUUUUUCACCCCUCUAUAAAUGUAUACCUUUCACAGAUAAACAUUCUACUCAUUUUUGACAUUAAUACUCCAGACAACGUUGUAAUUAAAAUUGAAUAAAUAUUUGUAAAACAUA